AUGGCCUUUGAAGAUAAAAUCAUUCCCGCACCCGGAGAUCUCCCCAACGUCAAGAGAGAUGCCCAAAGGGUCUUUGAGGUCCUUGAAGCUGGCGGAGUCGUCAUCCUGCCAACCGAAGUAGGCUACGGGUUAAUGGCCACUUCUGCAGAAGCCAUUGACCGAGCCUUCGCCGCAAAGCGACGCCGACCAGGCCACGCCCAGGGAAUAUAUGGCACACAAGAACUACACCAGCAGCUUCACGUACUGGACGAUCAGCGGUUCGAGAUGACGCGCGUCCUAGUUGAAGAUCUAGACAUGAGUCUAAUGGCCGUUGCCCCAUGCCAGCAAGAACAUCCUCUCCUCCAGGCUUUAUCCCCACAGACUCGGUCCAAGGUCACGAAAGACGGUACCAUCGCCAUGUUCAUAAGUAGCAGCACACUCCUAAAGGAGAUCUGCAGGCUUAAUGCUACUUCGGGUCAGCUCAUGGUGGGAUCUAGUGCGAACGUGUCUGGUGGUGGACAGAAAUUCCGUGUCGAGGACAUUGAGGAUGAGCUCAAAGAGGCAGCGGAUUUGAUCGUCGACUAUGGUCUUCAACGCUAUCAUGUAUAUGGAAAGGCAUCUCUCAUCAUGGACUUUGGGCAGAUGAAGAUUCUACGAAUGGGAUCGUGUUAUGAAUUGUUCCGCGAACGCAUGGGGAAAUUCUGGGGGGUGGAAUUGCCUGAAGAUCCUGAUUAUCCAACUAUUUGUACCUGA